UCUUUAUCCCCAGAAAGGCAGCAAAAAGUUUACUUUCUCCCCAACCGCUACCAAAAAACCAAAGAGCAAAAAGAAGGCUUAAACCAAUUAAACGAGACGAGACGAGACGUGAAAGCCGGAGUAGUAUUGCCUACCUUGUCCCAGCGCCCCGCUUUGUAUGGUUCACUAUUGAAUGGAAAUAAAGAUAAUUACCAACAGCAAGCCCAAACUGCUUGCCAAGAAAAAGAGGAAAAGGAGAAACAAAUCAUUCAACAAAUCAAUCAAGACUUACAUUUAGGUUUAAAUAAUCCGAGUUUAAAACAAGUAAUUAACCGAAUUCAACAGUUAAUUAAUAAACCGCCCAUUUACUUUACUUCUGAUAAUGGCAAUUUACAAAAAGAACUAGACCAAGCCAACCAAACUAUUACCAGACUAGAACAAGAAUUAGCGACAAAUAAUACUCCUUUUGGGGAAAACCUAGAAACUAUUAAAGAAAUUGACUUAAAAGGUUUAGUAAAAGAAUUAAAUAUUCAGUUAUCUCCUAACGCCAUUCAGCAAAUGGAGCAAGCCACUAAUUAUCAACA